AUGUUGAACAAAGCAGUAGUCGUGUUCUUAACCUGCCUGGCCUUUACUUUGGCUGCUCCAGCUACAGAAGAUCGCACCACCACGGUGGUCAGGUCCCAAGGCCAUGAUGAUGUGCAGAGGUUGAUUGAAGAGUUGGAACGAGGUCACGCACCAAACAAAAAAGACACCGUCGUAAAGAAGACCACCAUCACAACAAUUGAGGAACCAGCAGAAGAAACACUUUCCGACGACGAACAACUCAGAGAAUUCAUGAAAGACCCCAAGUUCGUAAAAGAACUCGAAGAAUUCCUCAUGGAAUUCUUGAAAAUGUACAAUUCAUUGAACAAAAUGCAAAGGGGCAGCUCAACAUCCUCAAAAGUGAUCAGUGAAGAAAAUUCUGACGUCCAAAGCCUUUUAAGAAACCCAUCUUUCUUCUCUUUCUUGAGCAGCUUCUUCAACAACAACAACCAACAAGGCGGUCUAUCCGGUUUCUUCGCACAACUUUUCGACCAAAACAAGCGCCCAGCAACCUCAAUCUCCGAAGAAUACGUUAACGGACACUCCAGGCCAGUAGUCGUAGAACAUCCCACACCACAAGUCACAAUUACCCAUUUGGAAACAUCAGAUUUGGACUCACAAGUACCAGUAAGCAGCGGCUCAGGUGCCAGCGUAGCCGAAGCAGUUUUGGACAAACUAACAGGUUCAUCUUCAAGCUCUCGUCCCCACAAAACUACUACAACUACUGUUAUUGAGGAAAGUUCAUCUUCCGACGAAGAAAACUCCGGCGUUGCAGACAGAUUCGGAGGAAACUCACACGUAACCAUUACCCAUGUAGGUAACGACGGCCAUGAAAAUAUAUUCCACGAAAACAACGUUGUAUCUACCAGCGAAGAACUGUUGAACCAACUAAAACAUCAAAACUCUUAUGAACCUGCAUCCCAUACAGUUGAACGUCACGACUCUAUAGUCCACCCAACUGUUAUCGUCCACAAGGUACCAACCACUAGCAGCAGUCACUCAGACGACUGGUCAGAAGUCCAUCCAUCCAACCAUGUCGAAAACAGCGCUGAAUUCCAGCAACAAGCUAAGAACGCUAAUUACCAAUACGCUUCCCAAGUCGAUGAUCAUAUCAAUGGAAACUACCAGCAGAAGGCUGAAGUUAGACAAGGUGGAGUAGUAUAUGGUAAAUACUCAUAUGAUGAUGGAUUCUUCUGGAGAACCGUAUACUACCAAGCAGAUAAAAAUGGUUACGUAGUUACCAGGUAAGA